CUGGUCUGACACCGUCCUUCAAACAGACGACACGCUUGUUCCAGUUCUCGAGUUGUUUCUGUUUACCGGUACUUCAUGGGUUUCUUCCUAGUAUGUUCCUAAUCUUAUUAUUUCCUAGUUUUGUUUUUCUAACAGGAUUCGCUCACGUUCAAAUUCAAAGAUAUAUCGCACUUUGCCCUGUUUGAUUUAAGCUGUUUGUUCGUUAUCGUUUAUUGACGUUCUCUGUUCUUUGCUAACUUUACUUGGUUUCGUACUUAUUCCUUUUACUUCCUUGCUAAUAAAUUAUAAUAAUUAUUGUAUGCCUAAUGUUUUGAUCACAUUAGCUCAUAAAGUGCACACUUACACAUUUUUAUUAAAUAAAAAAUGUCAUUGAGGGUAGUUAAUUUUGGCCUGAGACUAGUCAGUUUGAUAGGAUUUGUUUUGGCAGUGUAUGCUUAUAUCGUAGAAACUUCCAAAGAACAUAACCCAAGCUAUGUUGCUAUGUGUGAUAUAAAUGAGCAUAUGAGUUGCAGCAGAGUAUUCACUUCAAAGUAUGGUCGAGGAUUUGGCCUUCUUUACCACCUGGUUGGAAAAGACUCUGUCUUGAAUCAACCGAACAGUGUUGGAGGAAUGAUAUUCUAUAUCAUAAUGAUCACAUUAUCUUACAAAGACUCAGUCCCAGUAACCAAGAUCCUCAUUGGAUUAUCCGUAGUGUCCAACAUUGGCUCUGUCUAUCUUGCAUACAUUCUCUACUUUGUACUUCAUGACUUCUGCGUAGUCUGUGUCAGCACUUAUGUAGUGAAUGCUAUAAACUUGGCACUCACGAUAGUCAAACUAAAGAAUUUACAACAGGAAACAUCUAAGGCUAAGGCUGAAUAGAUAAACUUUAGUAAUCUAAGACUCCAAAAGACUGAUAAAACAUCACACUGGGUAUUUAUCGAUAAAUUUCAUAUUCUUAUAUAUAGGUAUUGGAAUUUGUAUAUUAUUACCGGCAAUGUUACCUUAGCAUACUAUAUUAGAUUGUCAUGUGAUAAAGGUAAAAAAUAUCUUUUGUGCAUCAGUAAUGAUAGCAUUUUGGGGUCUGCAUGUGUACCAGACCUCGAUGGUACUAUAACAAUUAGUUAGAAGAGUUUUUCAUGAAAAAAAUCAACUUCUACGAAAGCUUAACAAUGUUUAUUUUUUUAUUAAUAAAUAUAAAAUUAAAAUAAACAAUUAGCAAAAUUAUAUAAUUUUGUACUAAAAUGUUGAUGUAAACCUCAGAAAGAGCUUAUAAAUUCAAUUUUGCUAAUUUUUUGCCCAAAACUCAAAAAUUACCCGGACCUAUGUAACUACUUGGAACCCAAUGAAACUAAAACUUCACUACCCGCAGCCCCCAGUUAACAUCUUUCAUAUAUUUUUUGACAGAUGAAUUUCUCAAUCACAAAACCUCCCCCUCUCCUUAUCCUAUUUGUAACUGUUAGGUGAAACUCAUUUAGCUUGCUCAAUAGUUAAAAAUCUAGGAUUUAAGACUUACAGGGAUUAAAUCCAUGUAUCGGGAAUGGUUUUGGAUUUUUUUUUACAGUUAAUUUUUAAUGUUUUUUAGCAAAUUUCCCUACAGGGAAGUAGCUAUUACCGUAGGUGGCGCUGUAAGACCUAUGCCCGGGACCAAUUUACUUAUUCAUUUUGUUGUCCCCAGAGGCCAAAAACACAAUUCGUUCAAAUUAAUAUAUUUAUAUACGUCCGUAAACGUGAUAACUUGAGUAAUUUUUGUCUGUUUUUCAUGAAAUUUUGUUUAAAGGUGUUAUUAGUAAUGGAGAAAAUUAAAAAAAUUUGUAAUUUUUAAUUUCCAUGUUCUUAAGGAAAAUAUUAUAAAAUGUUGUAGUUUGCUUGUUUGUGGAUAUAUUUUGACCAAACGUGGCAAAUUUAUUUAUUCUAUACUAAGAUAUUAAUAUUUUACUAAAAUACACACAUUAUUAGUUUCCUUGUAGCAGCAAACCUCGUUAUACCUAAUGGUAUUUAAAUAGAUUUGAAAAUCAAUUCCGAAAAAUCUUAAAUAAUUGAUUGAUUUAUUGAAUUACAAAUUUGCUGUGAUAGCAUAGAUAGUUUAUAUUAUUUAUAUACAACCUAUAUUCCUUAUACAUUCCAAUUGAGUGAUAAUAAUAUAAUAAAACUAUCUAAAGUAUGAGAAGCAUAAAACUUUAAGAAUAGUAAUUUGUAUAUGUACACUUUAUUUACUCUUUGUAUUUAUACAUGUCAUGUAUUCUUUAUUUAGUAACAUUUAAAAAUAGCUUUAUUUAUACUGUACGUUAUACUUCAUAGUAUGUAUGUUUUAUUGCUGUUGUGUCAAACUGUAAUAUAAGAAUAUGUGAUUCUGUUUAUAAUACAUUGACCUUGUUUUGUCAUCUCGCCAUGAUAAUUUGAAUUAUUUUGACAAUGAGUAAACACUCAUCCAUAAAUAACUUAAGAUUUCUAUCAACAUUUAACAUACACAUAAACAAGACUGAUGUUUCCUACAUUACUUGUAGAAAUGUAAAAUAAAAUAGUAGGAAUGUAUACACUUCCUUUUUGUUUAGUUGUCUGCCCAGUUGGAAUAGAAUUGUUAAAACUGUCAGUAAAAUAAAGUUGAUUUUUGUAAGUAAA